GAGGUAAUAAUUGUUCGCCUAUGGAUUUGUUGGCGGGAGGCUCCCAUCCCGCAGCAGAGGGAUGGCGUCAGCAGAAUAAAAAUCCCCUGAGGAGGGUGCAGCGCUCCUGGAAAGGGAAUUCCCAGCCGGUGCUCUCCUUGACUCCCAGCUGCCAUGGGCUGCUCCCACACAGAUGAGACGGGCGCCGACGCCUUUUCCUCUUCCUACCACCGCUACGGGUGGAGAAGGAGCCGCUCCGGUGGCGCCGAGGGGCCGGGAUCGUAAACAAUGGAGCCAGAGGUAAAAGUGAAUGAAGAUUUCAAAAGCCAGUUCAAGGCUUAUCAGGAGCAACAGCAAAGGCGGCUGCAAAACUUGAUGGAGGCCAAGAAGGAGAAGCAGGACAGGCAGAAGAACACUGGCAGCACAAAGGAGACUGUAAGAGCCCUGAGUGAUCUAAACCUGUUUAAAAAAGGACCUCCUGUAAAGGAAGAUGCCAGCAAAAGUUUGCUUGAGGCUGAGAAUGAGCAGCUGCAGGAUCAGCUCCGAGAGCUCCGGGAUGAGAACUGCAGGCUCUUCAGACUGAUGGCAGAGAAAGAUUUUGAAAUAAAGGAGCUCCAGAAAAGAGUAAGGGAGGAGAGGUUGGCUCUGUCAGGGGUGUCUGGUUUUGCUGGAGAUGUGGCUGCCACUAAAAUAGUUGAGCUGGCCAAAAGGAACCGGGAGGUGACUGCUGAGUUUGAGAGUGAGAGAGCCAGAGUGAAGCAGCUGAAUCACAGAGUCAAGGAGCUGGAGAGAGAACUACAGGCAGCUGCAGAAAAAAUCCAUUCCCUUGGUGGUGAUGCUGCAGGAAUCAAGGAAUCAGCUCUGAAAAAGCUGGAAGGAAACUUGGCCGAAAACCCAGAGGUGAAAGCACUGCAAGAAAAAUUGAGCACAGCCAACGUAAAAGUGACAGAAUAUCGGAACCAGCUCCAGAAUCUGAAACAGGAACUGAAGCUGACCCAAAAGAUUUUAGCCAAAGAAGUUGGGGAAGAUGUGAAUAUCCAGAGUCUCUUGACCAAUUCUGGCAGCUGGCGUGGACGAGCUCAGCAAAUUCUCCUUCUCCAAAGCAAGGUUCACGAGCUGGAGCAUAAACUGAAUCAUCAAAAGAUCAGAACUUCACUGCUUGAGAUGGAUGAGGGACUGCUGGCAUAUCCUGAUCCAAGGAAAUUGUCAGUCCAAGAGAAGAACUUGCUGAAGAUUCGCAGCUUGGAAAAAGAAAAGAAGGAAUCUUUGGAGAAACUCUCUGAGCAACACAACACUCUCCAAAAAAACCAUGAGGAAUUGAAAAAAAAACUUGAUGCCUCAAGAGCCAGGAACCAAAUGCUGUGUGGAGAAGUGAAGAUGCUGAAGGGACAGAUUGGAACCUUGCUGGAGAAAGGGAAACACGAUGAUGAGCUCGUAAAUGCCUUGCUGAGCCAGCAGCAGCAAAUGCAGGAGAUCCUAAAGGGUCUGAGCCAGAAGGAGGAUAAGAACAAGGAGCCUCAGCAGAUGAUGGGGCAUCACUUCAACACUGAGAUUCAGCAACAAAGCACCCUGAUAAAUGAGCUCAGGGGGUUGGCGACUGACAGAGAAGCAAAGGUUAAAACUCUGGAGAAGGAGACUGGGCAGCUCACACAUCGGGACAAGUCAGGAGCUGCUCAUCCACCACGCUUUGAGCACUCAGGAUCACCUGAGGCUGGAAGGACAGAAUCUGCCUGCGCAGUGUCCGUGAUGGGCCACAUGCUCGUCGAGUCAGCACCCACAGAGAAUUUCUUCCUCUUCCCACCUGAAAGGGUGGAGGGAAGCAGCGACGAAGUCUUGGAAGCUGAGAAGAAGCUCCAGGAGGAGCAGUGGCGGAGUGGCAGCUUGGAACAGCAGCUUGAAAAGCUGCAGGUGGAUUCAUGGAGCAGCACCACUGCCCAGGAGCCUGCCCUGAGGAGCAGAAAAGCCCAGCCCAGCCUCCCCUUGCGUGUGAGUGACAGAGAGGAGCUCUCUGCAUCCCUGUCUGAGCUGCCCCUGGAAUCUCAGGUGGAGGAGCUGAGCAGGAGGCUUGACUUCCAGAUGGAUGAGAACAAUCUGAAGGCUGCUCUGAAGGAGACUGUGAGAGCCAAAGAGGAUGAUUUUAAACUGCAUCAAGUCAUAAUGGAGGAAGUGAGGGAUGGGUUUGCAGAGGCUGUUCAGCACCAUACACCAGAGAAGAGUUAAUCCAGAUAUUGCCAGUCCUUUGGGCUGCAGAGCAGGGACAGAGCCCAGGCACCAGUGUCAUUUUGCAGCCUCAGAUCGUGUCAUUUCUACAGCAUUUGCAGGAGAGGAUGAGAAACAGAGAUGAAAUACAAAAAGUGAGGGUU